AUGGCGUUGCCGUUUCCGCAGAAGUACUACGAGGUCGUCAGGUACUUUGACUACUAUAUUGGCAACCUGGAGGAGACUCCGCUGCUAUCAGAUGAGCAACGGCUGCUGUUCUAUGCUCUGCGCCAGCAAGCCGACCACGGCCAGUGCACCACUGCGGCCCCGUCCAUGUGGUACGCGAGGGAGCGCUACAAGCAUCGGGCGUGGAAGCAACUCGGGUGCAUGUCACCCUUCGAAGCGAUGGUGUUCUUCGUGCAGCAAUUUGAGCAGCUCCUCAUGCAGUUGGAGAGUCAGACCGAGUCAUCAGUGUCCACGGCAGGGGCCACCACCCGUGCAGGCGGUGUCGAUUGGACAUCGCGUCUGCAAGAAAUGAAGGCCAAUACGGUACCAAACCCUGGAGACCCGGGGCACAGAAGUUGCCCCUUGGAGUGCGACGGCGCCCGUGCCAGCAGCGGCGCCGUCGCUGUGAGCCAGGGGCCCUCCCCCUCUCCUUCAAACGAGGAAGCGCAACAGGGAUCGUUCCCAUUAGCACUCAGCUCUGCAGAGAUGGCCGGCUGGGAUGCGGAUAUUGUCUCUCACUCCCGGCCCACACUAGAGAACGUACGCUAUCUUGCCGCGGAGCUGAUGCGAGCGCGGCAUGCGUUUCAGGGCGUCCGGCAAGAAAUCGCACCGAGACGUGUCGAGGAGAACGGCGCCCGCGCUUCUCUCAACGGUCCACCGAUUCCCACAGGCGGCUCCUGUUUGCCCCUCGCUGGCGCCUCCCUCGCAGCUGCUGGACCACCCCUGAAGCCGAUCUGGUGCGGAAACGGCAGCGCCACACAUGUGCCAAUUGUACCGCCUCCAGUUCGCCCGUCAGCACGAUCAAUGACAGAGGCCGCCGUGCGUGAUGCAUGCGCGGCACCGAACUUGAAAAAGGUGUCUGUUGCCACCGGCAGAUCAGGCACCACGAGCGCUUCGCCAGCCUGGUUUGACUGGCACCUAUGGGGGAGUAUCGCAUAG